GGUGCAUUUGCUGGCCACGCUCUUUUACGGGGGUUGGGACGUAAUUUUGGGGAAAAAGAAUCAAUCAGACUAAGCCAGUUUCCAUCAUGGCGACGACGUUGGUCCGUUCCGUUCUGAAGAAAAGGCAGGUCCCUCUUCAGCUGGGACGCAUGUGUUACUCGUCUUCUGUGCCCACCACCAAGUUGUUCAUUGAUGGGAAGUUUGUGGAAUCUAAGACCUCAGAAUGGAUUGACAUCCACAAUCCAGCCACCAAUGAGGUCAUCGGUCGGGUGCCCAAGGCCACUCAGGAGGAGAUGUUGGCAGCUGUGGACUCCUGCUCUCGGGCAUACACCACAUGGUCAGAGACCUCCAUCCUGACCCGCCAGCAGGUCUUCCUCCGUUACCAGCAGCUUAUCAAAGACAACAUUAAAGAACUGGCGAGGCUGAUCACGUUAGAGCAAGGGAAGACUCUGGCUGACGCCGAGGGAGAUGUUUUCAGAGGACUGCAGGUGGUGGAGCACGCCUGCAGCAUCACGUCCCUGGUACUGGGCGAGACUCUUCCCUCCAUCACCAAAGACAUGGACACCUACACGUACAGGCUGCCCAUUGGCGUGUGUGCAGGCAUUGCCCCCUUUAACUUCCCUGCCAUGAUUCCGCUGUGGAUGUUCCCCAUGGGAAUGGUGUGUGGGAACACCUACCUGCUCAAGCCCUCUGAGAGAGUACCUGGCUGUACCAUGCUGCUAGCCAAACUGCUGCAGGACUCUGGGGCUCCUGACGGGACCCUUAACAUCAUCCACGGCCAGCAUGCCGCUGUGAACUUCAUCUGUGAUCACCCUGCAAUAAAGGCCAUCAGUUUUGUGGGCUCCAACCAGGCAGGAGAGUACAUCUAUGAGAGAGGAUCCAAAAACGGCAAGAGAGUGCAGUCUAACAUGGGGGCGAAAAACCAUGGUGUAGUCAUGCCUGAUGCUAAUAAGGAAAAUACACUAAACCAGCUGGUGGGCGCUGCAUUUGGAGCAGCUGGCCAACGAUGCAUGGCCCUCUCCACUGCCGUCCUGGUUGGCGAGGCUAAAAACUGGUUGCCGGAACUGGUGGAACGCGCUAAGAACCUUCGUGUCAAUGCAGGUGAUCAGCCAGGAGCCGAUGUGGGUCCACUGAUCUCACCCCAGGCCAGGGAUCGCGUGAACAGCCUAAUCAAGAGUGGUGUGGAUGAGGGUGCCAAAUUGCUGCUUGAUGGCAGAAAUGUUAAGGUCAAAGGUUAUGAGAAUGGCAACUUUGUAGGGCCCACCAUCAUCAGCAAUGUUAAGCCGGAUAUGACCUGCUAUAAGGAGGAGAUUUUUGGACCCGUGUUGAUCGUGCUGGAGGCUGACAGUUUGGACGAAGCCAUCGAAAUCGUAAACCGUAACCCAUAUGGCAACGGAACUGCCAUCUUCACCACCAACGGAGCUACCGCUCGCAAAUACAGCCACGAAGUGGACGUGGGUCAGAUUGGAGUGAAUGUACCAAUCCCUGUCCCUCUGCCCAUGUUUUCAUUCACUGGUUCCCGAGGCUCCUUUAGGGGAGACACCAACUUCUAUGGCAAGCAAGGCAUACAGUUUUACACACAAAUCAAAACAAUUACUUCACAAUGGAAGGCAGAGGAUGCCACUUUGAAAUCUCCUGCUGUUACCAUGCCAACCAUGGGCCGUUAAAUCAUCUUUCUUCGUAUUUCUGAGCCUCUAAAAAUCUUGAAACUACUGCGUAGAUGGAAAAUGCUGAGUGCAAAGACCCCUACACAGCACAGCCUUAAUAUUUUACUGAGAUUAUACGUCAAAUGUAUGAUUUUUUUUUUUUUUACUGGUUUUGGAUUUAAUGACCCAUAUAAUAUGGCACUACUGUCAAAUACAACAGUUCUUCACCUGAAAUUGUCAUUUUGCAGGAAUAGUUCCUACCAUAACACUACCUGAUGCUUCAUUAUGAUUGUGUUCAAGAAAUGUGGUCAGUAACAUCAAUGUUCAGCCCAACGUUUUACUAAACUGUCCGUUGUUUUUUUUUUUUUGUUUGUUUGUUUGUUUUUUUCCCCCCCAAUUUUUAUGCCUGUGAAGUUUAUACUAAUGUUGGCUGCUGGUUUGAAAAGAAGGACCAUUUCCAAAAAUUUUAAAACUGUCAUCAACCAGACAGCUUUCUGAUCGACAUUUCAGAAUUUGCACACCGUUCCACUCACAUCAAGCUUUCACUUUGUCCAGGCUGUCUCUGCAAUACACUUUGUUCCACAUCCAAUAGAGGUGCUCCAAGGACUGUAUGGUGAAACUACAGAACAUCAUGUGAAAUGUAGCACCUUGUCAUAAGAAGUUCAGUACAGGAAUCAGCAUUAAAGAUUUACUUGAAGUAUUGUAAUGUU